AUGCUAGUGAACCGACUGAAGAUCUGUGGAGGGUUGGAAUAUUCUCCCAGCUCAGAGAGGAUCGGACAGCUGAUCGCCAAGUUAAUGAGCAUCUUCGGGAACCAGGAGCAGAAGGUUAUCAUCAUGGGACUGGACAAUGCGGGAGAGCACCAUUCUCUACCAGUUGUAAGUGACUUUCGGGCGGUGAGGGUAGAGGGCUGGGCCUCCCACCAGACUGACAGGCAUGGGGACCAAUCACUAGAGCUCUUCCCUGGGUUACAGGGCUCCUCUCUACCCAGAGGAGUGAUUGAGAACGCUGCUUGGACCUUCCUAGUACUGCGGCUCCUCGGCCUGGCAUUCAAAUCCUGCACCUUAACUUUCUUUCCCUUCUUCAAACCCAAAGGCUCACUGAGUCUCUGUAGCUCCUGGUCUAGAAGCCUGGCACCUCUUGGUGCCCUCUCCUACCUCCCCAGCUUGACCAAUGAGGUGGUCCAUACGUGUUCCACCACUGGCAGCAACAUGGAGGAGAUCAUUUUGCAGAAGACCCACUUCCUCAUGUGGGACAUAGUGGGGCAGGAGGCUCUGAGUUUUAUCACCAACACCUCCUGGCGUCUGGGCAGUGCAGAGAUGGGGGAAAACAUGUUUACCAUAGAGAAAGCCUGCCAGUUCGUCAUCCUUGUGAUUCACAGCACGGACCGGGAUCGGCUGCUGACUGCUUGAGAGGAGCUAUAUAAAAUGCUGGCCCAUGAGGCUCUGCGGGAUGCUUCAGUCCAUUUUGCCAAUAAGCAGGACGUGAAGGACUCUGUGAGGACGGUGGAGAUCUCCUAUUUCCUUCCUCUCAGGACCAGCAAAGGCCACUGUGCUCCUGUACCCUCACCGGAGAAGGGUUAGUGGCUGCCCCACCUGGAUCUCCAGGCCUGGCUGAACCAAUGGAUGACUGACCAUCAGAACCCUUCUUCUGCCUCUCUCCUGUGAGAAUCUGGCUCACAGUUGGCUCCUGGGCCAAGCCAAUUGGGCAUCUCCCCACAGUAGAGACGGAGUUUC